GUGCGAUGCCGAGGGGCGGGCUUUAAAUGGGGCAGCGGCGGGAGUGGAGGGGGGGCGACGGCGACCGCGAACGAGUGCGGCGGUCUCCCCCAGCCGACAGUCCCCUCUGGAAGCCCGGCUGUCCCGUGGAACUCGGCAGGUCGUCACCUUGUGUGUUUUAACCUGUUGGCCGUGGUACGAGAGCUGCUGUCGCUGGUGUAGACUGUAGCUUCCUUGAGAAGGGCGUUAGGGGACAGGAGUCACAGCAGCAGGUGUUGGUAUGAAAGGUGUAACCCAUCUGCAGAGGAAGAGUCGGCAAACAGGCUUGACUGGGUAUAAACCAGAGAGGCCUGAGGACACUCUGAAGACACUGAAGAGUUGCAGUCCUUUAUUUGGAAUACACGUUAUGAACCCUUUCUGGAGCAUGUCUACAAGUUCUGUGCGCAAGAGACCUGAUGCUGAAGAGAAAACUUUGAGUGGAGAGCUGCGAACCAGUCCUCUACGAGCCUCUACAAAGAAACAGUUGCCUUCUAUUCCAAAGAAUGCUGUGCCAAUAACCAAGCCUGCUUCACCUGCCACAUCGUCCCAGUCGACAAAUGGAACACAUGCUUCUUAUGGGCCUUUUUAUUUAGAGUAUUCUCUCCUUGCAGAAUUUACCUUGGUUGUAAAGCAGAAAUUGCCGGGUGUUUAUGUGCAGCCAUCUUACCGAUCAGCGUUAAUGUGGUUUGGUGUAAUAUUCAUAAGACAUGGGCUCUACCAGGAUGGUGUGUUUAAAUUUACUGUCUAUAUUCCUGAUAAUUACCCAGAUGGAGACUGCCCGCGCUUGGUUUUCGAUCUGCCUGUCUUCCAUCCACUAGUAGAUCCUUUAUCUGGUGAACUGGAUGUAAAGAGAGCAUUUGCAAAAUGGAGGCGAAAUCAUAAUCACAUAUGGCAAGUAUUAAUGUAUGCUCGCAGAGUCUUCUACAAGAUUGAUACAACUAGUCCUCUGAACCCUGAGGCUGCAGUGCUGUAUGAAAAAGAUAUUCAGUUGUUCAAAAGCAAAGUGGUGGACAGUGUGAAAAUAUGCAGCAGUCAUUUAUUUGAUCAACCUAAAAUAGAGGAUCCCUAUGCAAUCAUUUUUUCUCCAUGGAAUCCAGCUAUACAUGAUGAAGCUAGAGAGAAGAUGUUGACUCAGAAGAUUGAGAAAGGGGAGAGAACACCAACUGUGUCUUCUGUAAUCAGAUUUGUAUAUUAAAAGCUGCUGCUCCAGGAGUGCGAAACAUCUACACAAUUUCUCGACUUCAGUCUUCUUGUUAUGCAGGUAAGAAUGAAAGAUGCUUUUAUCUUUUAAUUGACCUUAUGGGAAGAUUUAGGACUUAAUUCAACUGUUAUUCAGAGGACCAGGAAUGACUGAAAACAGAGCUUUUCACUUCUGCUUACUUAUAAAAACUUCUGGAAUCUGAGUGUGCUACAUUUUCCAUUAACAACACUACUGUCCCAGUCAUGUCACCAAAAAAGAGUAAAUUGGCAUCCUGUACUAGUGGUUAGUGUGUUUCGCACUUUCCUAAGAAGUCUGGUAUUUUGGAACUAUUUUAAAUGAAAACAUCUAGUAAGUCUAAUAUAUGCACUGCUUCCUUAUCCUAUUAGCAGGGAGAGAUUUCUCUCAGGCAGCCUGAUUUAGUACACUUAAAAAAAACCAAACCCCAACCAAAAGCCCACAAACCCUUUCCUGUAAAAACAAACGAAGCAGCUAAGUCUAUGUGUUAGGACAUGGGCACCACCCUCUCUCUACUGAGUAAGCAAGGUGACUAUUUCCUGAUGCUCAGGAAAAGCAAGCUGAAGAAACAUUACAAGCAUAUAAAAUUCCUCGAAACAAGCAAACAUCCUGAGCUGCCUGCGUUCGUUACUGCAUAUACAUCAAGUUUAAAUGAAUUCUUAAUGCCAUUUGCUGAAGAGGGGAGCUGUGGGAUGUCAAUUUAAAAAUAAAUACAAAAGUCAAAUCGCUUCCAUACAGAAAGACGGCUGAAGUCAGCCUUUGAAAAAAAAAUUCACAUUUAGAAAGUGCCAUUGCAAAUAUACAGCAAAACUAAUCUGCCUUUAAAAAUGAUGCUUCACAGCCCUAUCAAAAGUGCCACCUUAUGAACGAGAGUUCGCUUUAGAACAUUGCACAGCUAGAAACAAUGCAUAAACAAAAUGAUCUACCUUUAUAAACAAGGUGCCCAAACAGUAAAGCAAAAUGAUGUGAUGGUUUUCAGGGGCACAUGAAACAUCCUAAAUGUGGAAAAGAUCCAUUCAGCCAGCUUCCUUCAGGGCUUAAAAAGAUGAUUCCCAUCUUCCCUUUCCAAGCAGAGCUGGAUGUUGCUAGAACAUUACUUGUAAAUUAUCAUUUCUGUGGAGCUCGUUACUGUAACAACCAGGACACCGACGAAUAUGGGUAUCUUGGUGCCAUGCUCCUGUGUCUGCAGCAUGUAUCACUUGCUAGUCCAAAGAUGGUAAGGGCAAAGCACUGACAAAAAUGGUUAGAGGAAAUGGAUUUGAAUACCUGUUGCAAGGUAGAAAGUGUAGAAAGCUGUACUGGGGAUGCAUUCUCCAAGCACCAAAAAGCUCUUCAGUUGCUUUCUGAAGCCCGAGGCUGGAGGUGGAUGGCUUGCCUUAGGAGGAGCGUAACCACAGGCUGAGGUGGGGAUGCAGGAUUGAAGCGGAUCCUUGCUGCCCCAAGGGCAGGGGAAGCCCUUUCUCCUGCCCCUUUGGAGGAGCACAAGGCUUGGCGCAGCCUGGGGCAGCAAGAUGGGAAGAGGGGACAGCCUGGCUGAAGACACUGGCAAAGGCCCAGUGAACCCACAUGCUGCACUCAGCAGCCUGGCCCUAUGAGUGGCGGAGAGGGAAUACCUGUGCUGGAACAGUGGACUGACUCAGUGAGACCCUCGGUCAUUUGCUACAUCUUGUAGUCGUCUUAGCAGAGCAGUGUGAUUCUCCUGACAGAUUCGCUUAGCUGGUGCUUCAGUA